GUUUGGGAUCCCAAUCAGCCCCACUGCAGAAAUCAACCCCAACAUCACGCGUUAAAAGCCAAGUUCAGUUAAGAAAAUGCCGCGUAGGCCCAAUCGACUUAGCCGCCCUAAUUUGAUUAGAUGGUUUGAGGUUGAUAGCGGUUCCGCCUCUUCGAGUCUCCUCUCCCUCUCCUGUUUAGGAAGAACGAACACUGAGAAUGGAAUAGGAGAACUUCGAUUGGAUUCGUGUCCGGACACAUAAAAGGGCUGCGUCGCCCUGGUAUCUCGAUUGGUCUUCACUCCAAAGCAAAUCAUUCCUUUUUCUCUCCUUACCUUUGUCUAUAUUGUCUUCGUUCUGUAGAUCAGAACAGUCUCUCUUUUGAACCUCAUCUGUUGAUCAGACAUCCAAAACCUCCACCAUGCCUUCUCUCAAAUCUUCUCUGCUCUGCGCCACCACCUUGGCUUCUGCUCUGGUGUCUGCUGCCCCUGCCACUCGUGCCUCGGACUUCGACAAGCGCUCCACCUGCACUUUCACCUCUGCUGCUGAGGCCUCCGAGAGCAAGUCCUCCUGCACGUCCAUUGUCCUCAAGGACAUCACUGUUCCUGCCGGUGAGACGCUGAACCUCAAGGACCUGAAGACUGGUACCAAGGUCACCUUCGAGGGAACCACCACCUGGGAGUAUGAGGAGUGGGACGGACCCCUGCUGUACAUCUCUGGCAAGGAGAUCACCGUCACCCAGUCCUCCGGCGCCGUCCUCGAUGGUAACGGUGCUAAGUGGUGGGACGGUGAGGGCACCAACGGCGGCAAGACCAAGCCCAAGUUCUUCUACGCCCACUCCCUCGACAACUCCGUCAUCUCCGGUCUAAAGAUCAAGAACACCCCCGUCCAGGCCAUCUCGAUCGAGUCCGACUACCUCACCAUUGAGGACGUGACCAUCGACAACAGCGACGGUGACGACAACGGCGGUCACAACACCGACGGUUUCGACAUCAGCGAGAGUACCUACAUCACCAUCACCGAUGCCACCGUCAAGAACCAGGACGACUGUGUUGCCAUCAACUCUGGCGAGAACAUCUACUUCUCCGGUGGUACCUGCUCCGGCGGUCACGGUCUCUCCAUCGGCUCGGUCGGCGGCCGCUCCGACAACACCGUCAAGAACGUCACCUUCAUCGACUCCACCGUUACCGACUCCGAGAACGGUGUCCGCAUCAAGACCGUCUACGACGCCACCGGUGAGGUUGAGGACAUCACCUUCUCCAACAUCAAGAUCUCCGACAUCUCCGACUACGGUAUCGUCAUCGAGCAGGACUACGAGAACGGCAGCCCCACUGGUACCCCCAGCGACGGCGUCACUAUCUCUGGCGUCACUCUGGAGGACAUUACCGGCAGCGUGGAGAGCGAUGCGGUCGAGAUCUACAUUCUGUGCGGUGACGGUAGCUGCAGCGACUUCUCCAUGAGCGGUGUUGACAUCACCGGUGGUAAGACCAGCAGCAAGUGCGAGAACGUCCCCUCCGGUGCCUCGUGCUCGCAGUAGAGCUGACGCAGUGUGUGUUUCGGAUCAUUGUAUCGCUCGGUUGUGUGGGGGGCAAUAGAGGCUGGAAAGGUGGGAAGAGGUGUGGUAAUAUUCUCCCGAUUUAU